AGCAGCAGCAUCCCGUCUCCCGCGUCUCCUUGCUUCCUCCCCGGCCAUGGAAAGCCUGAUGGAGAAUCCGAUGAGGGCAGUGCUGUAUCUCAAAGAGUUGACCACCAUCGUGCAGAAUCAGCAGACCCUCAUCCAGACCCAGAGGCACAGGAUUCGUGAGCUGGAGCUGAAAGUGGAGGAGCUCCUGGAGGAGAACCGGAGCCUGAAAGAGCAGGCGGCGAGCGGCGGCCCCCACCGCCACCACCACCACCACCACCAUCAGCAGCAGCGGCGGGAUCUCCAGCACCAUCAGCAGGACCCGCAGCACAAACACCCCGCCAUCAGCACCAGGGCACCGAUCCCCUGCAACCCACAAAAUGAAAACGUUUUACACCAGUUCUGUUGCCCAGCAGCUGACGCAGAUCAGAAACUCCCCUCCAGUGCUCAUUCUUCCAGUAAUGAAACUUGCUCUCCUGGAGGCAAAUCCAUUAACUCUGAGGCAGAUGGUCCUGUGAAGAUCCCAAGUGAAUGCGAAAUCAACGUUUCCAGCGGAGUCAGUUCAGAUGGGGCUGACGUGGACAAUGCUUCUCACCAAGUGAAAUGCCCAUCAGCUGAUGCCAAGGAGGGAAAGCCAUGCCGUGUUAUUCCAGUCUCCAGCACAAUGCUGCAAAAAGCAAGCUUGCACCACACCGCUUCCCCGAUGAGAAUGCAGCGGAGCAAAGGGACAGCAGCAUGUUCACACUUACCAGCUUCUGAUUAUGAAUUGUCACUGGAUCUGAAAAAUAAGCAGAUUGAAAUGCUGGAACAUAAAUAUGGAGGCCAUUUGGUAUCUCGCCGGGCUGCCUGCACCAUCCAGACAGCUUUCCGUCAGUACCAACUCAGCAAGAACUUUGAAAAGAUUCGGAAUUCCUUACUGGAAAGCCGCAUGCCCAGGCGCAUUUCUUUGCGGAAGGUCAGGUUACAGAAUGCCGAGAGCUUAAUGGAGGGGUAUAACUUUGCAGGAAUUCCCCUAGUGCGGUCGCCAUCCUUGCCUGCGAGUAUCAGCGGUGCUCUGACUGAGCUCGAGGACUCCUUCACGGAGCAGGUUAAGUCGCUGGCUAAGUCGAUCGAUGAUGCUCUCAGCUCAUGGAGCUUGAAAACAAUGUGCUCACUGCAAGAUGGCAGUACUUACCAAUUCACAGAGACCUUCAGCAGUAGCUCAAUGCAGGAAGGAACAGCAGCUGAGAUGGAGAAAACAGGACAAGAGAGCAAUGAUGGCGGGCUGGAUGAGGGCCUUGCACACAGUAGCAGUACACUAAUGAUGGCUUUCAGGGAUGUCACCUUCCACAUUGAAAACAAAAACAUGUCUGUUUCCUCAGUACUGGAAUCUGCAUCGGUUGCCAUGGCGAACUGUGAGAAUGCUCAGUCAGAACCUGAGCAGAGUGCUGCAACAAAAGAUGAUCAUGGUCCAGGGGAAGAGGAGGACAAACGAUCCCCAAAUGCUUCUUCAGAACAGGGACAGACACUGAUUCCGAACAAUCACCCUUUCACAGAACUCAAUGUCAAUAUCAACUCGAAUGGACUUGGAGGGGGAUUGAUGGGACAGGGUCAAAUCACAAUGCAGAAAAUUCAAAUUGAUCACAACAAUGGGAUCAUGCAGGAAAAUCCAUUGGAAUCCAAUCGCUUGUAUAACACGGAACAACUCAGCAGCGGCAGCACAACUUCCAUCUCUGCUAAGUCUCCAUCAGAGGUCUCUUCCAAAGAAGCCCUGCAUGCCAUGAUAUUGAGUAUGCCCAGGUACCACUGCGAAAAUCCAAGCAGCUGCAAGUCACCGACCCUCUCCACCGACAUCAUCCGCAAACGCCUCUACCGCAUCGGCCUCAAUCUGUUCAAUGUAAAUCCUGACAAAGGAAUUCAGUUUCUGAUUGCGCGUGGAUUCAUCCCUGACACGCCAAUUGGAGUUGCCCACUUUCUGCUCCAGCGGAAAGGGCUGAGCCGCCAGAUGAUUGGAGAAUUUCUGGGCAACAGCAAGAAGCAAUUCAACAGGGAUGUUUUGGAUUGUGUUGUUGAUGAGAUGGACUUUUCUAACAUGGAACUGGAUGAAGCACUGCGCAAGUUCCAAGCUCACAUUCGAGUGCAGGGAGAGGCGCAGAAGGUGGAACGACUCAUUGAAGCAUUCAGCCAGCGCUAUUGCAUGUGCAACCCUGAUGUGGUUCAACAGUUCCACAAUCCGGACACCAUCUUCAUCCUAGCUUUUGCUAUCAUUUUGCUUAACACAGACAUGUACAGCCCCAACAUCAAACCUGAUCGGAAAAUGAUGCUGGAAGACUUCAUCCGUAACCUACGGGGUGUGGAUGAUGGAGUGGACAUUCCUCGUGAGAUGGUUGUUGGUAUUUAUGAACGAAUUCAACAGAAAGAAUUAAAAUCCAAUGAAGAUCAUGUAACAUAUGUAACCAAAGUAGAAAAAUCAAUUGUGGGGAUGAAAGCAGACCUUUCCGUCCCCCAUCGGCGAUUGGUUUGUUGCAGCCGGCUCUUUGAGGUGAUGGACAUCAACAAAGCACAGAAGCAGGCAGCUCAUCAGCGAGAGGUCUUUCUCUUUAAUGACUUGGUUGUGAUACUUAAACUGUGUGCAAAAAAGAAAAGUUCUGCUACAUACACUUUCUACAAGUCUAUUGGCCUACUGGGAAUGCAGAUUCAUCUCUUUGAGACUGAAUUUUAUCCUCAUGGGAUCACCCUGGUGUCAUCUGUUUCUGGCUCUGAGAAGAAGCAAGCACUCAGUUUCUGUGCACAAAGCUCAGAGGAACUCCAGAAGUUUGUCGAGGAGCUGAAGGAGUCAAUAGCUGAAGUAACAGAAAUGGAGCAAAUUCGAAUUGACUGGGAGUUGGAAAAGCAACAGGGAUCAAAAAUCCCUCCCACAAAGAACAAUGGAGCUCAGCUUAACAUCCGAACCAAACCAGGAUCUCCGUCAGGCAAAAAAGAGUCUGGAGAAAACAAGACCACUAACAACGCUGUGGAGGUGUCAAUUCAAAACAGGCUUCAAGCCUACCAGCACAAUUCAGUGGGGAACCAGGAAUGUGCAGUCCAGCAAAGUACCCUCCUUAACAUCAAGCAAGAAAACUCAACAGCAUCAGGAGCUGUGGAUCAUCUCCCUGAAACGUUACUCCAGUGCCAACAGAUUGUGAAUGUCAUCGUGCUCCCUGUGAAACCUGACAAGCUGGACAGCCCUCAGAAUGAGACCCCCACUCAUCAAAUGGGAACAGAUGCCAACUCCACCUGCUCAACGCCUCAAAAAUUAAUUGAAGACAGGCUUCAAGGAACACCUGUGAAAGCCGGUCACCAGCCGCCUCUGCCACCUCCACCGCCACCCUACAACCACCCUCACCAGUAUUGUCCUCCCAAUCCUUUUGUACACAGACGUAGAUAUUCCAGUGGAUCACGCAGCUUAGUGUAACUUUACAUUGCACAAUUUAAAAGCCAGAUUAAGCAUGUUUUUGAUGCACAGGUCCAUUUCUAACUAAAUUCACCUUUAAUCUAUCCUUUCCCUAUCAUUUAAAUGACAAUUUUGUCUUUCUUUGGUACAUUGACUUAAAUCUCCAGUGAGCAAUCAUGGUGAAUAUUUUGUAAUUAAUUUUUUAUUUUUCCGGUGUUCUCUGACCAAAGUUAUCUCUCCCCUAGCCUCUAAUCCUCUUUACCCUAAAUUCAGUGUCAAUCAAGAAUGUGGGGUAGUCAUUACUUAUGGCUGAUUCCAUGAAUAAUGUCAAUAGUUGGUUUACUUGCGGGCUGCCCCCAGAACACUCUACGCAAAAGAUGCAUUUCACUGUGUGUUUCGAUGUACAUGUGACUAAUAAAGAUAUCUUAUCUCUUAUCCAUCGGAAGAUACAGUUGAAUAGUCUAUGAAGUGUUCACUCACUUCUCUCCCUCUAUUCACCAAGUGACUUGCUGAAAUCUGAGUCAGUCAGAUCUGGACAAUUAACUGCCCUUUCAUGAGUAUCCAAUACUUUGGGUUUGUUACUUUUCAGUAUCAUUUCACGUUUCUUCAAAUCUUUAAUCUUCUGUUUGGUAAUGAUGAAUUACUGACCUUGGUUAUCUUAAACUUGUUUCAUUACCAGUCUAUCCAUGACAUAUGCUGCUAGAAAAUUUUUGGGGAUUAGCUCCUAGAAUUCAUCAGUCAACCCUCAGCAGAGAACUGACAUACCUGACAAAUCAACAAUAGGGUUAUUCUGGCUUGAAGACAGAAAUACACAAAAUGACUUUACAAUUACUGACAACUAAUUUUCUAGUGAUUUGGUGAAUAUUUGAUUGAUGAAAAUUGUGUAUCUUUGGACAUCAAGGGCACAGCUUUAAUAACUUAAUUUCUAAAUUAUAAAACUCACCAAAUUUUAAGGCAGUUUGAUAGAAGCAUUUCAACUUUAUUGUAGAUAAUUCAGAUUCAUGGAUUGCAUUGACCAUUAUUAUCAUUGCUGUUAAUAAGCUUUUGGUAGAUUAAAGAAAGCAGAGUAGGUUUUUAUAUUGAGUUUUCAUGCACAAAUGUUUUUAAAUGUAUCUAAAUUUAUAGAUCACUUUAGUUUAGAAUAGGUCUUCAGAAAUUUUAUAUUUUCUUUUGUCAUAAAAUAUAAUUUUGAUUAGAAUUAGAAUACUUCACUCAUCAUGGCAGCAAUAUAUUUAAAGCAACAGAAGAGCAACACCAGAUGGUAAAUGACUUUGUUUCAAAGAGCAGUGGGAGAAAGAAGAAAGUGAGAACAGAUAUUCUGCAGAGGAGACCAGAAAUUUUAUAAUGUAUAUAGUUUUCAUUGAGAUAUCAAGGUACAUUGAGAAAAGUAACCGUCAAUCAGAGGGGCAUAAUGCUCCUUAGAGAUGUACUUAACAGUAUUUGUUAUUGCUCCCAGUUUUCUUCUGGAGGAUGUUUCUUAAACUAGCUCUGCUUAGAUUUGACUUAACAAAUUAUUCUGUAGGAUUGUUAAAAAAGAACACUAGGGUAAAAAUCAUCCGUGGUCUCUGUUAAGUGAAUUGUCAUCUUGUUAGUUUUUACAUAAGUCUGAUAAUUGGUCCAAUAAUGCACACUUUUCAUUAAAUCACAAUUCUCUCAGUAAAUGGCACCUAAAGAAUUUCAAUAUGUGAUAUAUUUCAGUUCAUUGUUCAUUGUGUGAUAGGAUAGAUUGUGUGCUUGUCAAUCACCUUUAGGGAAUAUGACUUACAUUAAAGCUAUUGUUUAUUAAUAUAUGUAAUAUUUAUUAUAACAGAAAGAAAAGAUAUUUUACAUUUUUGCUGUGGCAUAUUAUUGUAUUAUUUACAACAUUUCACAGUGUACAUUCACAGGAUUUCUUGUAGCAAGUUUAAAAGGCAAUGCUUGAAUUUUGUGGUACAAUAGUUAAAUUUUUCAUUGUACUUUGGAUUUGAAGACAAUCCCUUCCAUACAUUAAUUGUUUCCACUCAUAAGGUGCUGGCAUGGCAAAUAUCUGAUUGAUAAUGCAGCCAAAGGGUUUAAGUAUGAUGAAAUAUUCUGUGGAAUGUUAUGGUUUCAACAGGGUUGCUACCACUGAUGUGGCAAUAAUUAGUAAACCAGUCAGAAAGUGUUAGCCACCAAAAUGUAUUGCAACUUCUUUAAAGAGCAGUAGCAGGGAAUUUUAGUUGGCAGCCAGCUGUUUAACUAGACUCCAGGUGGCAGUUCCCAGUGCAGGCUUCAGCUCAUUUACCAGGGUGGUGUCUCCUUCCAAGCCAAAGUUUCAACCCCAUCUUGGCCAUUAUGGAGAUUCUUUAUGCCCGAAUGCUAAAAAUUGCUCCCUUUAAUUUAGAGUAUGCAACACAGUGGCUUUGUAAGGUUCUUUUCAUGUUAAAAUUCUAGCUCCUACCCAAUACCCAUUUAGAUUUAUUUUGGUGAAUUAUUUGUAUUUUGUUGAAUUAUUUGUAUUAUGUUGGGCUUUACCAUUUUAAAUCUAGACUUCCAAAUAGAUGCAGAACCAUUGAGCACCUUUUCUCAACUUUUCACCACAAUAAAAGACCUGUCCCAGCAAGGCUCUGACCAACAAUAAAAAUAUCAACAACUUCCAUUUAUAUACCAUGUUUAACAAAACAAAGCAUCCUGACGAGCUUCAUAGCAACGUUAUCUGACAAAAAUUGACUCUGAACCACAUCAGAAGCUGUCAGGGCAGAUGAUGAAAAGCUUGGUCAAAGGUGUUUUAAGAAUAACUUGAAGGAAUAAAUAGAGGUUUUGAGGUAAAGUAAGGGAAGUCUUAAACUUAUAGCCAUGGCAGCUGAAGGGAGAGCACCAAACUGUGGAUCAAUUAAAUUUGAGAGCCCAGAAGGUUAUGAGAAGGAGAUUACAGAUAUAAAGAGGGGUGAGAGGGAUAGAGGGAUUUGAAAACAUGAGUGAGCAAUUUAACAUUGAGGUAUUGUUGAACGAGGCACCUAAAUAAAUCAGGUGGGUGAUGGGUGAUUUGGACUUGGUGUACGGAAGAAGGUGAGCAGCAGAACUUUGGAUGGCCUAACAUUUUGGAGUGUAGAAUAAAGAAGGCCAGCUAGAAGUGCACUAAGGGAGGGUUUCAGAUGAAUGAAGGCAAUGUUCAGUGAUUUAAUGGAUAUGGAAAUAGAUGGUCUUAGAAAUGGCAUAGAUAUAUAGUCCAAAGAUCAUCACAGAGGCAAAAAUGAUACCAAGGUAUCAGCAGAAUGAUUAAUUUCAACAAAUUGUCCGGACAGAAAAGGUGCCAUUGACCAGGGAACAGAAGGUAAGGUAGAUACAGAAAAUAAUUACUUUGGUCAUCUCAAUAUUUAUUUGCAGGAAGAGUUAAGGAAGGUUAAGUUGAAUGCAUUAAGGCACUCAAAAAAUAGAAGCAGGUAGAACUAAAAUAUUUUCCGUUUUAAGUUGUUUUCAUCACUUUGCAACAUCAGGGAUUAUGAACACACUGCCUGUGCAUUGGGGUCCGUAAUGAAACUCUAGGGAAUUGAGUUAAUUCCAGCAAUCAAUAAAACUUCUGAGGUAGAAUGUGUUCAUAUUAAAUAAAUAAGCCACUGAAAUAAGUAUAAUUAUACUUUUUCCACAAUAUUUUCAAAUGUCUUCUUAAUUUAUGAAGCAUAAUCUUGCACCUGAAAGCACUUUUAAUGGAACGUUUUUGAGUGCAUUGUUUACGGAAUUGUGUAAAGUGAAGAUGUAAAAUAGGAUGAUUGUAUUCAUGAUAGAGAAUUUACUGCUUUAGAAAUUAGUAAAUAUUUUCAAAGUUGGUUUUGCCUUCCUUGGAGAAGAAAUAGCACAGAAACAUCACUUGGUUUCUGUAAUGUUUGCAGUAUCUUUAUAUUUUUAAAGAAAAUGUGCAUUUUAAAAAAAGAAAAUAAAUGUGUGUGAGAUAUGUUCUGUUUUGCAGCAGAUGGAAGUGCUAGGGUACAGCAUCAAUAAAGAAGCCUGGAAGUGAAAUCCAGCCAACACCCAUUUGGUUACCAAAGGUUUCUCUCAGCAUUAGUCACAAAAGACUACAGCAUUCAACAACAGCUGAAAACAUAAGUUGAGUUUAUAGCUGAGCAGAUGUUACAAUGUGUAACAAGUCCAGACCCAAAAAGAGAUGUGUAAUGUAUUUGGAAUGGGAAAUUAAAGGGCAUCCAGGAUUCAGUGCUGGGGAAGAGGUACAUCAUCUAUAUCAAACAUUUGGAGGGAAUGCAUCACCCCUCACCCUCGCCCUCUUCCCUUCCAGAGGGUGCCUCAUGUACCUUGACUGUUUUGUGCUGGGUAACAUUUGUAAUGUUUAUUUAAAUAUAUAAAAUUACUGUUGGCAGGAAUAAAAUCCUAUUCCCAUCAGUGAAAGUAAAUUCAUUCAUUCAAUCCAGGUGGAAAUUUGGCCCAAAGGUUAUAAAUCAGCUGUGUUGUGUGUAAAUAAAAUUGAAAUUACUUUUCUGAAAUUCGAACUGACCUUACUUGGUAGCUGGUUUUGUCUUGUUGCAACUUUGUCUUCAUAAUUGAGUAGGGUUGGAGGUGUAAAAAUACCAUCAGUUCUUGCAUUGUGCUUCCUAAUUUAGGCAGCACUUGUGUCUUAGUCAUUUAUUUCUGCUUAAAAAGCUGAUCUGAUUAAAAAUACAUUUUAGAAAUAAAUGCUGUUCAUUGUAAAGAUUUUUAUUCUUUUGGAGGCCAUAGCAAUCUCUAAAUUGCAUGGUUUGUGGAACAAAGGUAAAAGCUGAACCUGCACCUUCUUGGUUUCCCACCUGUCAUAAGAAUUAGAAGCCCAGAGAUGAAGAGCAGAAAGGAGCCCCACAGAUGUUAAAGUACUCAUUCCUGAAACUGCCUCCAGCACAAACAAAUGAAUAUUUUUAAUGUGGAGAAUGGACAAUAUAGCAGGCCAUAGCUACAAAAACUCUUCUUUCACCUCUGGGUCCUGGAAUUUUAAUCCAUCUACACUGAUAGAAUGGAAUUGUCUUCUCUGUAAAAACUCUUAAGGAUCCAAAAAAAAAACUGGCUUACUACAGAAUAAACUUAAAGGUUAUCUAUAAAAUUUUAAAAUGCUGUAUUACUCAUCACACAGCAAAGAUUGCUUUAACAGUAUUAGCCCAGGGGCUUCCAUAACAAACCAGAGAGGAAACACAACUCCUCCUUUGCCUUGACGAAGGUCUCUACUGACAAAGACCAGCAAGUAAGAGAAUAUUCUGCUGUUAUCAAUCAAUCGCUCCAUCUUAGUAACUCUAUUUCUGGCUUGUACAACUUUAUAGCCUAUCAGAGACCCACAUGCCCAAUACCACAAAAAUGUUAGUUAUGGUUCAACUUUUUACUGCUCAUGACUGUAAGCCUAAACUAAGCCAAAGGUUCUAGGAGAUACGAAAUACUUCGUGCUGCUCAUUGAUAAGAUUGAUAGGAACUUUCCAAGACAGCACAUAUUACUUAAAUAAGGCACUACGCCAGAGCUAACAAGCAUUGCUCCAUUACUUGACACAUGCACAAAUAAAUCAGUCAAUGCAAAGUGAGGAGUUUUUCUAAUCACUUUGGGAUUUUAAUCAUAAAGUAUGCAGUUACACAAAAUGCCUGUGGCAUGAAUAACUUGGCAGUGAUGUUUGAAGAAUAUCUCCCAGGCACACAGUUCUUCCCUGCUCAGACACAUCACAGUAACCAUGGGGUCCAGAGAUUUGAAAUUAUUUGAAAUAUUGUUAAAUGAUCAAACCACUGCUGCCCUAUUGUGUACCUCCUAUUGGUUGUGAAAGUUUUUCCCUUUAUUGCUUUUAUCCAACUUGUUAGACAUUUGCUUUAUGAAAUAUUUAUGUUUCAAUAAAAUAUAUACUUAAUAGAGACA